AUGACCGACUACAGCAAACAGACCGUCGCGCAACUGCGCCAAGUGCUGAAGGAACGCGGCAUUCCAUCAACCGGGCUUACGCGUAAGCAGCAAAUCAUCGAGAAGCUUCAAGAACACGACGCUGCCGCUGCCGAGGAAGACGCGUCCACCGCCGAAGCCGCGCCCGUCGCGGAUGAGCCUCAGGCUACACCCGAAGCUCAGGAUGCGCCGCCUGUAUCGGACAAUGUUGUCGAAGCUGCGCCAGCGACACCAGACCAGAAGGAUGACGCGCCGCCAUCACCGCCCGUCGAGGACGCCACCAUCGAGAAGGUGUCAGGAGAUGUCGCCCCUCAAAAUGAGCCUCCUGCGGCCCUUACACACCACGAGACCAUUCAACCAGUCGAAGAGACACCAUCUGCGGAUGGCGUUGCAGGUCGAGAUUUCCAGGAAGAUAUGCCAGCCCGAGCGCCGGUGGAACAGGAUGACGCGACUCCACGUCCCACAACGGCCAACACUUCUGUCUCGCAGACGCCGAUCCCGACUCACGAGCAACCUUCGCCGACGCCAGCAGCGGAUGCGCGCGCAUCGACCGCUGAGUCCUCCCGGCUUGGAUCGCCGGAGCUGAAGGAAGACUCCAGGAAGAGGAAGAGGCGCAGCGUCACGCCGCCAAUUGCGCCCGAAGAGGCCGCGAAGAAACGGCUAAAGCAAGACGAGGACAAUGCCCCUGUGGUGCAUCUUCAGGAGGACGGCGAUGCUCCGGAGCCCAAAACGAAGGAUGCUGUGAUGGAGGAAGCUGACGCGCCGGUCGAUGCGGCGCCUGUGGAGACCGUGUUGCCAGCGAGAACUAGUGACACCGUGGUGGAGGCAACAGGCCCGAAGACAGUGGAGGACCUAAAAGAGUCCGAAGGCGAACAUCGACAUGACCCGAGCGAAGGAGAGCGCGGGCAGCAGGUGCUGGAGGAGAGGGGGGAGUUAAGGACAAGGACCAGGUCGCCUGAGGAGUCAACGGAAGCGCGCCGGCCGUCAACAUCGCACAAGGUGGAAAAGGAAGGACGCUAUAAAUCUUUGCUGGAGGAUGCCACUUCUGCGUCUGCUGGCAAUGGCCCAGCAGAGACCGGUUCCCCACCUGAGGACGAUGACCGCCCGAUCUCACCUGCAUUGCAUCCCGCAACCCGCGGCCUUUAUAUUCGCGACUUCAUGAGACCGCUUCAACCGCCCGCGCUGAAGAAGCAUCUCAUUUCUUUGGCUUCCCCACCCUCUACUUCCGAGCUGGACGAAGACGUAUUGGAGCUUUUCCACCUCGAUCCUAUCCGCACACACGUGCUUGCCUUGUUCAAUUCGGUCUCAGCUGCCGCACGAGUAAGAAGUGCCCUGCAUGGUGCAGUUUGGCCAGUGGAACGGACCAGGAAACCUCUAUGGGCAGACUUCAUUCCCGAGGAGAAGGUCAGCGAGUGGAUUGACUAUGAAGAAAAGGAGGGUGGCGGCCGCAUGGGCAAGAGAUGGGAAGUUGUAUAUGAGCCCGAUGACGGCGAUGCAGGCGUCAGGGCGGAGUUGCGGGAGGUGGGCGUGCCUGGGUCACGUCCACCAGUGAGAGCUCCUGCCACUGCGAGCUCGCCAAGUGCACCGAGCGCUCCAGCAAGGAAGCCGCCUACUGGCCCAGCCGCCGAGAAAUCCUUCCUGGCGUUGGACAAGCUGUUCCGUUCUACAGCCGCAAAGCCGAAACUUUACUUCUUGCCCGUUGAGAAGGAUCUCGUUGAGAAGCGCCUGGAUGAGCUUGAUCGCUGCACCAGUAGGGAUUGGAAGCCUAGUGACGCUGCUGGUGGCACGGAACGGCGGUACACGUUCGAAGACCGGGAUGUGCUUGUGGACGCUGGUCCGGACGCGGAAACUUUCGAUGGAGUGAGGGGCCGUGGCCGCGUGCAAUAUAGAGACACGUAUGGCCCGGGUGCCGGAGGUGGGCCCGGUGGAAGGUUCCGUGACAGAGGAUGGGGCGUUCAGCACGGCAUGGGUGGGCCACCAGAUGGUGUCUUCGACCUUCCAAAGGAACUCCUUGACACGAUUAGCGUAAAAGAGCAAAGCGCCUCUGCUCUCGCCGCCGCCAACGCCGCGGACAACGCAAGUUCCGAUCUUUGGUCGUCGCAACGCGGCGCCGAAAAGGAUGGCGACGAUGAGAAGCAGGACGGAAGCAGUACGCCGGCAACGGCGACGUCGUGCGGCCUCUGCAGCCUGACGUUCACCAGCCUAGCGGACCAGCGCAGCCACGUGCGGUCGGAUCUGCACGGCUACAACCUCAAGCAGAAGAUGCGCGGCGCGGCACCCGUGUCCGAGGCCGAGUUCGAGCGGCUGGUGGGAGAGCUGGACGAGAGUAUAUCCGGGUCGGAGAGCAGCAGCAGCAGCGAGGACGAGGACGAGGAGGGUGGAGGACAGGGCGGCGGCGACUCGACAUUGAGCGCGCUGUUGAAGAGACAAGCGAAGAUCGCGGAUGCAAGCGGAGCGGAGGAGGUGGCUGCAAUGGUGAAGAAGAGGAAGCGUGGUGCAGGAAAGCCACCAAUGCUGUGGUUCACGAGCACGAGCCUACCCGGGGAAAUAAAUUUGGGCGUGUACCGGGCGAUCCUGUCGGAUGCAGAGCAGGAGGAUGAGAAGGGCCUGGUUGAGACUCUACGGAAGAAGCAGCUCUCGCCACAACAGGGCGCCACAAAGAAAGAAAAAGACAGCGGGGAGGACGAGGGAGGGGUGAAACUACCUUCAACGCCGGAGAUUGGACCGCAUUACUUCCUCUGCAUGAUCGGCGGUGGGCACUUUGCGGCUAUGAUUGUGGCGCUUGCGCCGAAGAUGGGGAAGAAGCACACAGGGGCAAAUGAGCGGCAGGCCACGGUGGUGGCUCACAAGACCUUCCACCGGUAUACGACUAGGCGCAAACAGGGUGGUUCGCAGUCGGCGAGCGACGCUGCUAAGGGCGCUGCUCACUCGGCUGGCUCAUCAUUGAGAAGAUAUAACGAGGCGGCAUUGACGUCGGAGGUGCGAGCUCUGCUGUCAGAGUGGAAGGAUAUGAUUGAUACGGCAGAUCUACUCUUCGUCCGCGCUACAGGCAGUACGAACCGUCGAACCCUAUACGGACCGUACGAAGGCCAAGUACUACGACACAAUGACGCUCGAAUCCGCGGGUUCCCUUUCAGCACACGGCGUGCCACACAAGCCGAGCUUAUGCGCUCUUUCGUCGAACUCACGCGCGUCAAAGUCAGCCGCGUGGACGAGGCAGCCCUCGCCGCGGCAGCUGAAGCAGCAGCGGUGGCGGCGCAAGCAACACCUUCCCGCACCUCGACUCCCUCGAAACCUACGAAGCCGAAGCCUACACCCGAAGAGGAGGAAGCACUGCUCCACUCCUCCCAGCUUCAAGCUUUGAUCCGCCGCUCCAAGGCUCCUGCACUAGUCUCCUACAUUCAGAGCAACAACCUCUCCCCCAACUUCCGCUUCCAUCCUCUCGACACGGACAAAAACUACCACGCCCCCACGCCGCUCCACCUGGCGGCGCACAUGAACGCGCCGGCGGUGGUGCUCGCGCUACUCACGAAGGUGAAGGCCGAUCCGGCUGCUACAAACCUAGACGAUAAGACGCCGUUCGACAUAGCGGGCGACCGCGCCACCCGGGAUGCAUUUCGCAUCGCACGCUACGAGCUGGGCGACGCAGCGGCCAACUGGAGCGCUGCGCACGUGCCGGCAGGCGUGAGCCGGGCGGAAGUGGAGAAGGCUAGCAACGCCGAGAAGGCGGAGGAGGCAGCGAAGGAGGCUGAGCGGAGGAAGACGGAGACGGAGAGGCUGCGGCGGGAGGAGGAGCAAAGGGAGCAGGAUAGAAGGGAGAAGCGGGUCGGGAAGGGUAAGGCGUUGGGCUCGACUGGGUUGACGGAGAAGACGGGGGGAGAGAAGAGGGAGGAGGAGGCGAGGGGGUUGACACCUGAAAUGCGGAUGAGAUUGGAGAGGGAGAGAAGGGCGAGGGCGGCGGAGGAGAGGAUAAAGAGGAUGCAGGGGGGUCAGUGA